CCUUUGCUCAGCUUCUCCACUCACCCACCUAACCAACGACAUCACGAUACCCUCAAACAGUGUCUUCAUCAGCCACCACCCCACGCAUCUUAUCUCCUGAACUCGUUUUGAGACCUGCCACUGAGCAAAGCUACAAUCACCACAUCCAGUACAUCACCCAUUACCAUGUCAAACGAACAAGACAGAGCUCAGAGCAUCCCGACCGAGGUUGGUAGCUCGCCAGUUGCACUCGACGGAGAGCCUGCCGUUGCACUCUCAUCCUCGCCCACAGAUCGAAGAGCCAGCACCGACGAAUGGGACGCAUCCAAGGUGCCCCCGAGCCGCUUCCAAAAGCGCAAGGGUUCCAUCUACGCCACGCCGGGCUCCCGCGAUGGUCACGUUGACCGCAACUACGCCACGGGGUUCCAUGACAAGCAUACCGAGAAGGGCUAUACCAAGACGCCUGCGAAGUAGUCACUGAUUCAAUGGUAUUUCGAGCUCCCACCCUCGCUGCAUCGAGCAAUACGCCUUGUCAGACCACCGCAUGUGAGGCUGCAAACCAGAUCAGCGAGACUAGGGAAGGACGAGCAUCGG